ACUAAACAGGGGAGCGGCCACCCUAGCUACUACUACUAGCCAAUAAUAGCUGCGCACAGUCAUAAGAUAUGGGCAAGUUCAGAAGGAAGGAAAAAAAACACACAAAACAAAACAAAAACUGAUGGUCAGUGAUAGUAGCUCCUCCAAGCAUACCUCCUUACAGCUCAGUCUACAUACAGCUUAGAACCUAGUUCCUCCUCUCCCACAUGGCCAAGUGAAAUCGCACGCGCCCCUCCUCCUCUCAGCUCAGGUUCUCACACUAUAAAUAUGCACUCCCCCUGCGCACCACACACACCACCACAAGCCUAAUACAGCUCAACACUUGCUAAAACUAGAGAGAGAGAGAGCCAGACAGACAGACAGACACAGAGAGAUAGAGUCCAUGGUGACACUAGCAGGAAAAGGAGGGAGAACCAGCAGAGGGAUGGUGUCACUGAGGAGAAGGCGGCCGUUCCAGCUCAUGGUGCUGAGGCGGCUGCGGGAGCUGAAGAAGAUCGUGCCAGCGGGCGCUCGCCGCCGGAAGGCAGACGUCGACGUGGUGCUCCGGCGGACCGCCGAGUACAUCUGCGCGCUGGAGCUGAAGGUGGCACUCCUCCGGAGGCUCUCUCACAUGUACGGUGUGUAGCCUGUGCCGCCGGUCACCCACGCCAUUGCCUGCCACCACCCCACCAAAGUAGUAGCCCCUAUAUAUGCGAUUGGUUAUUGGUCACAUAUGGUCAUAUGGACGUGCGUGUGUGUGUGUGUCUAGCUAGUAGUUAAGAUCUGGCUGGGAAGAAAGCCAGCCCCCGGCCCGUUGCUCCAGCUCUGAGUGCAAGAGAGAGAGAGAGAGAUGCUUUCGCUGCUGGUGGCUGUGUCAAUAGGCUGGAACUGGAAGUAAGAACGCAUUUCAUUUGUUUUCUAUGCAUGUGUCGGAUCGGAGUGUGUGGUAUGGAUUUUUGUUUUUGUUUUUU